AUGGACGACGCCCUUGUGUUGAAGAAACGCGGCUACACGUUGGGUAUUAGUUUGGGAGAGGGGUCUUACGCCAAAGUCAAAUCUGCGUACUCUGACCGCCUGAAAAGCAACGUCGCUGUGAAAAUCAUCAACAGAAGAAAAGCUCCUGUCGAUUUCUUAGAGAGAUUUCUUCCACGGGAACUGGAGAUCCUCGCAGUCCUGAAUAACCGCUACAUCGUGAAGACUUACGAAAUAUUUGAAACCUCGGACGGGAAGGUCUACAUGAUCAUGGAACUGGGGGUUCAAGGGGACCUGCUGGAGUUCAUUAAGUUUAGGGGUGCGCUGCCUGAAGAAGUUUGCCGCAAGAUGUUUCGACAGCUGUCACUGGCCGUUAAAUACAUCCAUGACUUGGAAAUCGUUCACAGAGACCUGAAGUGUGAGAACUUGCUCCUGGAUAAGGACUUCAACCUCAAAGUCUCGGAUUUUGGCUUCAGCAGGCGCUGCAACUAUGAAGACGAUGGCCAGCUCGGGCUCAGUAAAACGUUCUGUGGCUCAGCUGCGUAUGCAGCCCCCGAGGUUUUGCAAGGCAUCCCUUACAAUGCUAAAGUGUAUGACAUCUGGAGUAUGGGUGUGGUUUUGUACAUCAUGCUGUGUGGCUCAAUGCCUUAUGAUGACUCCAAUGUCAAGAAAAUGCUUAGAGUCCAAAAGGAACACCGAGUGGAUUUUCCGAGGGGUAAACACGUGCCAGCGGACUGCAAGGAUCUACUGUACCGCAUGCUUCAACCGGACGUGUCUAAGCGCAUUGAAAUUGACGAUAUUUUAGAUCACCCUUGGUUACAACCCUCGAAACAGAAAAAAGACUGUGAAAGCUGCUCAAAAAGUUCCUCGAAAAGUGACACUAAAGGAGAAACUAAAGCAGACAGCCGAAAUGAGAGCAGGCGGGGUCUCAGAGCGGACACAGACGAUGAAUUCGAUUCUGAAGUUCUUGAUGAAGCCAAAGCGGAGAAAAAAGGAUUUAAAUCUCAUUGUACUGAGCCCACACCAACCAGAGCCGCAGGCAACCGGAGAAAGUCAUCUCAAAAAGUUAAGGAAACUAUAGAGGAGGGUGAUUAA